AUUCAACCACGAUCAAUUUAAUCACGAAAACAAUUCGUUACUCUAAUGAAUUGGAAUGCUAAAACCGAUAGAGAUAACGUCUCGAAUUAUCUUUAUAAAAUUUCAUUUUUUUAUUCAGUAGCUCAUACCUUUUUUAGAAUUUUCAUAAUUGCUUCUUUAUUAUCGCAUAUGAGGUGCAUUUUAUUCUAAAGAGAAGCUCGAGAGAGACUCUUCGGAGGUUUAUAUCGAUAAAUGAAGUUCAAGCAACACUCAUAAGUCCAAAACAAUUAGUUGAAGUGUUUUGAAAAAAAAUUGACAAGAAAAAUUGAUCGUAAGCGAAUUAAUUUAUAGUGGACUAGAAAAGUGAACAUACCAAAUGUUGAAAAAGGUCGUGAAUUGUCAGGUAGGACGGGAGACGAUCGUGAAUAUCAUCGAGAAGGUAGAUAUCAACGAAGAGUUCAGCGGAGGAUUUCCAGCGAUGUGCCCUUUCCCUGCAACGUCUCGGUCGGUCGAUCGAAGGAAGUGCCAGAAUCGGUGCAUAAAUUACGACCAGGUGACAUUGAUGUAAUCGGGGCAAUGGGCGACUCGUUGACAGCAGGGACGGGUAUUUUCGCUUCAAAUAUAUUUCACUUGUUCAUCGAGAAUCGAGGUGUCACAGCACUCGGUGGUGGCCAAGGAACAUGGCGGGAAUAUUUCACAAUUCCGAAUAUAAUCAAAGAAUUCAAUCCAAAUUUGAUCGGAUAUGCUCCAUAUGAUUCAUUAACGCAUCAGAAAGCCUCGGGAUUCAAUGUUGCCGAGAUUGCUGCAAUGUCGCGAGAUCUUCCGUACAUGGCUGAAAAUUUGAUUCGUCGGAUCCAAUAUCAUCCUGAUGUUGACAUGAAAAAAAGUUGGAAGCUCAUUGGUAUUCUGAUAGGAGCCAACGACUUUUGUUCCGACAUGUGUUGGACGACCUCAGGCCCAUGGAGCAUACUGAAUAAUCAUAAAAAUGAUUUGAUCGAAACACUACGAACUCUGAAAGAAAAAUUACCGAGGACGUUGGUUUCGAUAAUCCCACCGCCAAAUUUAAUCGUUCUGGCUGAGUUGCACGAAAAGUCGUUACAGUGUAAAAUCACCACGGAUAUUGAGUGUUCCUGUCUGUUAGGCUUGCACUGGAGGCCUCUCAAGAAAGAAUUUUCUGACAUAAUGAACGCUUGGCAGCGAAUCGACGAGGAAGUUGCAAAUUAUCCGGAAUUUCAAACGGAGGAAUUCGCCGUGGUCGCUCAGCCAUUUGCUACGAAUCUCAGCUUCCCGAUGAAACCUGACGGUACCGCUGAGUGGCGUUAUCUGUCAAGCGAUUGCUUUCAUCUUAGUCAAAUUGCCAAUGCACGAGCUUCGAUCGCCAUAUGGAAAAAUAUGCUGGAACCGGUCGGCCGAAAAACACGCGAUUGGAGCGACAACGACACUCUCGCGUGUCCAACGGAAUCGCAGCCCUAUUUAACGACGCUGAUCAAUAGUUCGGAGGAUUCAAAUUCUUUGAAAUAUUAUUAACAAAAUUAUCAGCGUGUCGAGUAAACGAAAUGAAAAUUAUUGACAAUAGACCAAUGAAGUUUUUGGCUAGACGAUCAAAAAAAUUUUGUAAUGAUCGUUUAAGAAAAACAAAACGCUCACGAGUGAGCAUCCUAUACCAAAAAGCAUGUUUUUGCCUCCGGAAAUUAACUGAAAAAUUUACUCGAACGGUUCGACGGUUAAUUCCAAAAAACUCUAGCCGAUUCUUUUUAUUUAUCGAUAAUUAUGCUAACGCAGAUUAUAAGAAACAUAGUUAUGAAUUAUGUCACAAUUCCCAUUUGUUCAUCGACUUUUAUUACACUGAAAUAAUACCAUAUUCAUCGUGGGGUGAACGAUAUUUACGACAAUAAAUACGCCAUCGAUAAAACUAUCAA